UGAUGAUGAGGGUGUCAACUUGAAAGAUAAAGCUAUGGUAGCAGUAGUACAGCUGACACGAGAAGAAAGACAUGCUCGAAUGAGACUGGAUGACGUGUACAAUGCUUACAGAGAAGCCACAUGGGCUGGAAGGUGGAGCAAAGAUAAACAAUGCUAUGUUGAUCCUGAAGGAAACCCAACUGUUGAUCCAAAGACAGUUGAUCUUGAAGCAUUGGUUGCUGCUAUUCCGACUGUGGAUGUCUGGUGUAAAGGUCUUAGAGAGAAUCCAAGAUACAAGCAGCAAGUUGAAGAAGGAAUUAGAAAAGUCAUUUUUGCAAGUCUGGAGAAGAAAAAGAAGAAGACUGUCGAGGAAAUUGUGAUUGAAAGUGAGAAAAUGAUGAAUGAAGUGAAGAAAGUUGAAAAGAAAAUCGAGGAAGGUGCUGAAGAAAAAGAGCUAGUGGUUGAAGAAGUUCAGAUACAGAAGACUGAGGAUACAACAGUGCCAGUUAUUGAGGUACUCAAGGGUGGUGAAGACUGUCAAAUCCAACAAGUGCCUGGUGUUAGCAUAUGAAGAAGAUCCCCGGUUUGGUCAGACGGGGAAAGUAUGUGUUUGAUUGUGUGUAAAUUUUUGAACAACUUGAGAUUUGUUUGUGUGGUGUUUGUUGGUUGGUUGCUUACUUGGUUGUUGGUUGAUAGAUUGUGAUAGACUGUGAUGGUUGUGAUA